UUUUUAUCUUCUCGACGUUUCCAUUCGUUGUGUGAAAGUACUGCCAGGACCCCGUCGAAAACUUGGAGGGAAUGGAGCAAUCCUACAGAUCGACCAUCUCUAUCUAUAAGAGUAUUCUGGAGCAGUUUAACCCAACUCUGGAGAAUCUGAUCUAUCUUGGCAACAAGUAUGUGCGAGCUUUUCGUGCGUUGUCAGAAGCUGCAGAAGUCUAUUUCUCAGCAAUCCAAAAGAUUGGGGAACAAGCCCUACAGAGCUCCACCUCACAAAUACUGGGUGAAAUAUUGAUACAGAUGUCUGACACCCAAAUGCACUUGAACCGCAACCUGGAAGUAGUAGCACAAACCUUCCAUGUGGACCUACUGCAGCAUAUGGAGAAAAACACCAAGCUGGACAUGAACUUCAUCAAUGACAGUCGGCAACGAUACGAGAAGGAAUACCGGCGCAGAGCUGCCAACAUAGAUAAAUGCAUGUCGGAUCUCUGGAGAAUGGAGAGAACUCGAGACAAGAACACCCGGGAAAUGAAGGAGAACAUGAUGCACCUGCACACAGAGAUGGAAGCUUUUGUCAAUGAGAGUCAACAGUCUGCUGAAUUGGAGGAGAAACGGCGUUAUCGUUUCCUAGCAGAGAAGCACCAGCUUCUCUCCAAUACUUUCCUGCAGUUCUACACCAGGGCCCGGACCAUCCUUCAGAACAAGGUACCACUGUGGAAGGAGCAGCUGGAGGCCACCCGCAAUCCUGCCCAGAACUUGCUUUCCACGGUCCACAGCCAGGGUCACCCAAGUGGCCGUUUGACUCCCACCCACAUGGAGAUGCCCCAAAGGCCCCUGAGUGAUUUCAGUUCUGUAACGGCAGGACGAAGUCUCAGCCCUUUUCCUCAGGAGACCAUAGAAACGUUGACUCCCCCUCAACCCGAACCAAGAAGGAGACCUAUGUCAAGAACUCCGUCUGCUGGUUCCCUCUCGGCUGGUCAACGUUCCCGUUCUAGUUCCUUGGGAGAGAAGACAACAGGAAGAGGAGAAGUGGGAACUAAAGAAGGGAGCAGGAGCACUGGGCAGAGAGUCCAAGCAAUAGCACCUCAUGUCUCUGGCUCCAACCAGACCCUUUUGCAAUUCAACGUUGGCGACAUUGUCACCGUGCUGAUACCGGAUGCACAAAAUGGCUGGUUGUAUGGCAAGCUGGAAGGUACAUCCAUGAGUGGCUGGUUUCCAGAGGCUUUUGUGAAAACAUUGGAGGAAGCAAGGGACUCCGAGGAGAUAGCAACAAGAGCCUUCCCUUUGCGGAGCAGUCACAGCAUCGAGGACCUCCUGGAUCGGCCCAGCGCCCCUCCUGCCAGGGACCACUGGCACAACCACAGCCGGCCCCAGUCCCCAAGCCCUUCUCUUCCAUUAAUGGCACCAGGCAGUCGUCGGAGCAGCACGAGUAAUGCAGCAAGCACCACGGACAACAAGAAGCCAGCAGGAUUGGAGCAUCCUCCGGAACUGUUCCCUAAAGGCACCAACCCUUUUGCCACAGUCAAACUGCGCCCAACUGUGACCAAUGAUCGAUCAGCGCCCAUCAUCAAAUGAAAGCUGGCUAUGGAUUCGAGUCAUUGGUGGCAUUCAAAGAUGUACAGGACGCUUCUUCUUCGUCUUGAACAUGGGUCAACAUCAUGUGCAGAAUGGAUUCUCUUAAGUGAAAAUGGGGCAGACUUUCAGCCUGUCAUAUUGUACCUGCUUUGAUCUGGGACUUCGGUUCUUUUUGCUACAUUCUUUUUAGACAGGGUUGGGAAAGUUGGGGAUCUUGUUGAUGAAAUACAAUUCCCAUCAUCCCUCACCAUUGUCAGGGGAUGAUGAGAAUGGGGGUCCAACAGUAUAUUUAGGAUCUUUCAGUAUGGUUGUUUAUGUUUCCACACAAUGUGCAUUUGUUGGCAUGCGUUUUGCAAAGAUUGUUUUUUGUUCUGCUGUUGAAGGCAUCACAUUUUCUGAGUGAUCAGAGGUUAAUAGUUUGUCUUUGGGAGGAUACCAUACAUUUCCUAGCCAAAACAGUAUCUUUAUGCCUUUUGUGUAGUCUGUGAUCGUAAGAAUGUGAUGAACACUCAUAGGGUAGCAAGUAAUUUCAGAGUUACAUAACAUAUUAUAUGCAAGGGUUUAAGGUGAUAAUAUCUACAUUUUAUUCAAAUGCAACCAAGUCUGAAUAUGAUUGUAACAGUGACACUAUGAAAGGGGAGUAGGUUGAAAAAAAGUCCUAAUCUUGACUGGCUCCUAAUAUUAGCUCCAUUCAUGAAAAAAUAUAUAAUAAACUUUAUGUUUUUCUGCUAGGGAGAGCCCAUAACAACAUUGGGGAAGGGUUUAAAUUGGGAAAAUACUUCAAUUUGGAGAUUAAGAAUCUGUGGCCCUCCAAAUGUUGUUGGACUGCAGCUCCCAUCAGGUCUAGUUGUCAUAACCGAUGCUAAGAGAGGAUGGAACUUGCAAUCCAACAACAUUGUGGGAAAGGGCACAUAUUCCCCAGUAUCUUCCUUCUCCACCAGCCCAGCUCUAGCCAUGGCUGGCAGAUCAUGUGGAUGCUUGGAAGUAAAAGCAAAACAUGCAGAGAAUGAGUCGUAUUUGGCCUUCAGUAGAAAAGUUGCACCAUUCCAUACAUCCCAGCCACAUUCCAUUAAUUGCUACUCAGUUUUACAACAUGUUCCUGUUUAGUUUUUGGGGAAUAGGAUUUGUAUGAGUUGCUGCCCAACCCAUAAAAAAACCACAUACCUGGAUUAUUAAUUUUUAAGAGUUAAGACUUUAAAAAUGUGCUUCGAGGCCAUGCCUAUCCUGCAGAUUUUUAAAAUUCUUGGUGAAAGGUAGCAAGGCUGUUCCUUGUUUCCAGCAUAUGUUAUGACUAAUACUUAUAUGUAGAUGGGAUUCAUGAUUAAUGCUGCUGAAAUGUAACUUAUAUAAUGAGCAGUGGAUAAAAAUACAGGCAGAAUCUUCAUGAAACAUGGUUUUGGUCUAUGCUUGAGAGGGGAGAAGGAUUGCUUGGCCCUUCAGAUGUUGUUAGAUGUCAGCUCCCAUCAGCCCAAACUAUCAUAGCUAAUAGUAUGGGAUGAUGGGAAUUACAAUCCACCCCCAUUUGGAGGAUUACAUGAUCCUUUCUGCACUCCCAGGAUAUGUUUAAGAGGGCAAAUUAUGAAUAUAGAGCACAGAAAUUUAAAAUCACAAAUACCACAGAGAGCUGAAUUUGGACGGUCUUCCUAUUGAGUCCACAUCUGGUGGCAAACUUGGGUUUGUUGCUGUUUAAUGUAUGAAAGAGUUUUAAUACAGUGAAAGAGGUUAAUGCAGGCAUGGGCAAACUUGGGCGCUCCAGGUGUUUUGGACUUCAACUCCCACCAUUCCUAACAGCCUCAGGCCCCUUCCUUUUCCCCCUCAGCCGCUUAAGCGGCUGAGGGGGAAAAGGAAAGGGCCUGAGGCUGUUAGGAAUGGUGGGAGUUGAAGUCCAAAACACCUGGAGCGCUCAAGUUUGCCCAUGUCUGGGUGAAGCCUAUAUAUUUAAAGAUGGCAACCUUAUGUUGUGCCCACCUUGAUAAGCAGGAUUUGGAAUAGCUCUUGAAUUCAUUAGGGAGCUGCAGUUGCAUUGCCUAGUUUUCUUCUCUCCUUCUCCUUCUUUCCUUUCUUCUGUAAAUAGUAAUAACAAAACUGUUUUGUAAAAUAAAUAAAUAAAAAAUCACACCAUC